AUGUUUGCAGGAAACGUUUUGGCUGACGAUGCUCCAGCGUUGAAGGAUCAUGCUUCCAUCUGGGAGGAUGCCCCCUUUCUCCAAGGGUCAACUCGCUUCGAACCCCAAUCUGAGAUCAACAACAUCAUGAUAACAGGCGGUGCUGGUUUCAUCGCUUCAUGGGUUGUUCGGCACCUAACUAAAACUUACCACGGCCACUACAACAUAAUCUCGUUUGACAAAUUGGACUACUGUGCAACACUCAACAACACAGCACAAUUGGACAAGGAGCCAAAUUUCACCUUCUACAAAGGUGACAUUACCAGACACGAGGAUGUCAUGGACUGCUUGCGAAAACACGAUAUCGAUACAGUAAUGCAUUUUGCUGCCCAGACGCACGUUGACCUAUCGUUCGGCAACUCUAACGACUUCACGAACACCAAUGUUGUGGGCACGCAUGUCCUCCUCGAGUGUGUCAAGUCGCACGGAGUCCAGAAGUUCAUCCAUGUAUCCACUGACGAAGUAUACGGAGAGGUAAAAGACGAUGGUAAGGAUCUUCUGGAAGACGCUCUGCUUCUGCCAACAAACCCUUAUGCUGCAUCGAAGGCAGCGGCGGAGAUGUAUGUGGAAGCAUAUCGUAAGAGCUUCCAGAUCCCAGCUAUUGUUGUGCGUAGCAACAAUGUUUACGGACCACAUCAAUUUCCUGAAAAGGUCAUUCCCAAGUUUUCUAUGCUUCUACAGCGCAACCAGCAGUUGUCACUCCACGGCGAUGGAACACACACCAGAAGAUAUCUCUACGCUGGAGACGCAGCAGAUGCAUUCGACACCAUACUCCACAAAGGUCGGGUUGGUCACAUCUACAACGUUGGCUCUUCAGAUGAGAUUUCAAACUUCACUCUCUGCUCUAUGCUGUUAGGAGAGUUCGGGAUCUCCAACGAAACCAAAGAUGAAGUCUACAAGCACGUGGUACACUGCGAAGACCGUCCUUUCAACGACCAUCGCUAUGCUGUCGAUGGUUCGAAGCUCAAGCAAUUGGGAUGGCAGCAGAAGACACCAUUCAAGGAAGGUCUUCGUAUCACAGUCGACUGGUAUAGAAAAUAUGGAGGAACGUGGUGGGGUGACAUCUCCGACCGACUCACUCCUUUCCCUACCAAUGGCAAGCGUGAGUUUGACGAGGUCAAUGCAUCACCGGAUGUGAAGAGACGCAAAGAAAACGAACACAUGGAUUCUGUUCCUGGUGCCGUCAAGGUUGGGUAG